UCUCGUAGCACAAGAUUAUUCCACAAUCGACAUUGCUCAAUACGCAUUUAAAAUCAUUUUCAACACAAUUCACCCGGGUCCUACUUGAUUUGCUUUUAACUUUCCUUCUCAAGUGUGUCCUGCUGUGACGGCGUUUAAUAGUCUAUACCGGUAUUUUGCGCCCUCCUGACCAGCAUGUUUUGACACGUUACGCUUUCUCUCUUAUGGGCGGACUCCGUUUUAAAAGAAACUGACUCAACUCAACACGGUCAUAUUUCCCGCAAGGAUCCUACAGUUGAUCUCAUGCUCUUUUAGACCUAACAUCUAAAAUGGAUUUAAAUGGUAAAAUCGCAGUAGUGACCGGAGCAGCAAUGGGAAUAGGAAAAGCAAUAACGGAGAUACUUCUGCAGAACGGUGCCAAGGUAGCUCUCUUGGAUGUGAAUGAAACUGCAGCAGAGAGUUUGAUGGAAGCCCUCAAUAAACAAUAUGGACAAGAGAGAACUUUGUUCCUGAAAUGUAACGUUGAGUCAGAGGAGCAGAUCAAAGCUGCCUUUCAGAAAACCACAGAAACCUUCGGAGGAAUGGACAUCCUGUGCAACAAUGCUGGCAUCAUGAAUGAGAGUGCGUGGGAGCAAGCUGUCUCCAUAAACCUUAUGGGUGUUAUCAGGGGCACUUACCAGGCUCUGGAGCACAUGAGCAAGUUGAAUGGAGGUCGGGGAGGGGUCAUCAUCAACACAGCAUCUAUGGCAGGUAUCAGUCCCUUACUGAGCUGUCCUGUCUAUACAGCCACUAAGAAUGGAGUGGUUGGCUUCACUCGAGCCAUGGCGGCUGCCUCUACUGCAUCAGGCUAUGGUAUACGGGUUAACGCUCUUUGCCCAAGUUUCGUCCAAACUGAGCUCCUCUCCACCAUCACAUCCAAAAUGGGACGAUUCUCCCACCUGGUUGAUAAAACCGAACAAUUAGUAGAAAAGCUUGGGAUGUUAAGUGUGUCUGAGGUAGCUGAGUGCUUCCUUGAGCUGGUAACAGAUGAGACAAAGAACGGAGAGGCUCUCCUGGUCAUUCCAAAAGUUAAGAAAUACGCAACGUUCCCUUCAGUCUAGUAGCUUUUGGCAGUGACAAACCACAUCAUACAGUACCAACCGGCCUCGACUGGAACAUGUCAUCAAAGUUGCAGUGUUUCUCUGUACUUUAAUGUACAAAAAAUAUCAGAUAAGUACUUUGGGUACAGCAGACAAGGAAAUAGAAAUAGUCAAUACAUUAUACAUAGAAAGGUCUAAACUGUCGGCUUUUCGCCAUGUUAUAUUGAGCAUCAAUAAUUUGCACCUUGUCCUGGUUUUCAUUAAUUUUGCUUGUAGUUUAACUAAUGAUAAAUUAUAAUCAUUGCAUGUCUUAACUACCAUAAUUGUGUGUUUCCUCAAGCAUGUCAACAUUUAUUGAAAUAUAUGAGAUAUACAUUUGAAAUCCAGAAAACGUAGAAUGUAAUUUUGUGUGAUGACCACCGGGUGUCGCUGUUUCACUGGAAAACGUGUCCAUCUUUAAGGGUCUGUUAAAUCUAGAUGACACCGUUUUUCUCAACACUUAGUUUAAUUCCUGGUCUUUUUAUUUCAUGAUCACGUCAUUCUGCAUAUAAUGUCAUGAAGUUGUAGUUUGUAUAUAAUAAAUAUACACAUACAUACACAUACACAUA